ACCGCGCAUCGAAAAGCUCACCCUCUUUAUAUUAAUGAUUCUAAAUUUCGCGCAGGUCCCGAUCUUCCUUCUUCAAUGGCGACUGAUUUCACAGAAGAACUGAGCGAAAACAAUCUUCCAGGACCGAAAUCGGCCUUGCCGUUGAAUUUAGGAUCUGCAGCCGCUGGUAAUGGCCAAGUAGAUCAACACCAAAAUCGCCGUUCAUUUGCUGUCGGGCCUUCCCAUUCCGUGACUCCCACCGCUACAAAGGAAGGCACUGAAUCUCAACGUGCCGUUUUGGGGAGAACAUCGGAGCAUCAUGCUUCUGUUUUUGAUAUCUUCAAGAAGAUCCGUCGUGCGGAGCGGUUCGGGAUUCCUGUACGUUUGUCGGAGGCAGAAAAGCGAUUCUCUCGAGCUGAGAGGUUCGGCAUUGAUUCAGUAUGUGGACCGGAUGAAAUGUUCAAAGCAGAAGAGCUGAAGAGAAAGGCCAGAGCGGAGAGAUUUGAGCUCUUAACUUUGUCAAUCGCUACUGACGAGGAGGCAAAGAAGAAAGCGCGGCUUGUCAGAUUUUCCCCAUUUUUGUAGAGUUCCCUUUUGGUUGAACAAGAAAGCUAUAUCAACAAGUCUUAUGCACAGCCAAGCUCAUUUAACCAAUUGGACAAGCCGAGCUAUUAACCAUUUAGUUCAUUAUCCUGAACCCUUUCAAUUUAAGGAUGCGGCCAUUACUUUGUAUGAAAUGUAUAACAUUGAACUCCAUUAGAUGUAGGUGUUUUAAAUUUCUAGAACUGCACCCUCUUUAUCAAAUUGGAGGGUAUACUUCCAUCCAGUUUUCUACAUGCCCAUUUUUAAAAAAAUUAUCUACACUAUUAUUAUCAUCGUCCUUCCAGUGCUCAAGCAAGCCCUUUGAGUUCGAUCCAAGUAAAUGGCAAGGGGGAUGUACCUGUUGGUUCCUUUUUAGUAGGCUAAGCAACUUGUUUGGUGAAGGCUUUAAAUGGUCAAUAGCUGCUGGUUCCUUUUUAGUAGGCUAAGCAACUGUUUUCUGGAAGUGUCACGAUUUUAUGGAAGGCAGAACAAUGGCCUAAAAGAAGUUUUUCCAUCUGCGUUGGUGGUCAACAUACUUCUGACUUUUAUCUUAUAGACCUUAUUCAACUUAAUUAACAUGGGAGAAGUUAUCUAAUUGAUUCGUUCAUCUUUGCAGGUUCAAUGUAAGUUUCAUGGGUGUUCCUGAUUUGCUUUCUCCACAUUUUGCACACUGAAAUCCCGUUUCAUAGCAGUAUUUCUGUCACCCAGGUGCUUUUUCUUGAGUUGUUUGAUAAGAUGUGACGGCAUAAGGCGGCUCUUAGCCAUUAUUUUCUAGCACCAAGUGUUUUCUUCUUUUGUUUGUAUUGAGGAUCUGUUAGAGGAAAAAACUAAAAAAAAUUGUUGAUUUACACAGGCGAUGGAUUGAAUUCAGAGUCAUCCUUAAUUCUGAUGAUGUAUUUA